CUCCACUUGAAUUUGAGCGUGGGGUUCCAAGAAUAUCAGACUUCAUAAUCCCCAUGCGCCCUGGAUGUUGAUGCCUGCAUCUUGCGUUUCAACUCCCUGUCAUCUGCGGAUCGAUCGUCAUUAAGGUUCUGAGAAUUGCUUAACGGAGCCACGGCGCACAAAGGACUAAGGGUAUGACUACGCGUUAGAUUAUCGCCUUGCUUACCUGGGCUGUGAGAGAGGUCUAGAUUACGGUCGUGGCUGUCUGUAUUGAGAUACCCACGCUAGCGUUCCCAUCUUAAUUAUCCAAUGCAGUGGCGUUGCAACGUUGGACAUGGGUGUCUACCUAGCGGCUGUUUGGAUGAUCCAGCCGUGGCUCUUGGAUUACUGCUAUCGUGCCUGUGAUUCGGUCGCCUAUAAAUCCCGGCAUAUCCGAUCGGGGGUUUUCUUUCCUUCUUUUCUUUUCUUCUUUCGACUCAAGACGACAUUAUCAACACACACAACAUGACUGAAGGCUUACCAGACUACGUCCUCGACCCUAAUGCGGUCCUCAAGGACACCGAGGCCGGGUGGCGGUAUGGCAGGGUUCCUGAUUAUUCCAAGACGCGAGCAUUCUACGAGCAGACACGAACGAUGUUCCACGAAUCCGGCAGCCUCCCCUUCCUCGUCGAGAACCUAGUCAAGAACUGGGAAAUCGAAGCCUCCUUCAAGACCUCCCUCGCCGACUGGCGCACCAUCGACCAUUCCAAAUACACAUUCUCGCUGAACGGCGGCCCUCCCCAGACUGGCGAGCACAUGCUCAAGGUCGGCACGUAUAACGCCCUCCUCACCCCCAGCAAGUACUACGACCCCGAGCACAAUGACUUCGAGAAGAGCCACAAGUCGUUUAAGCGCAUGAUGCCGACGUUUGCGUGGGAGGUCACGGAGGUGUAUAGCGGCCCUCCGGUGGUCAUUUUCAAAUGGAGACACUGGGGUGUUAUGGCGAACGAUUAUGUCGGGUUCAAUGACUCUGCCGAGAAGGUCAAGAUCAAGGCCCAUGGCGAGACUCUGGAUAUCCAGGGUAUCGUCAUCGCCAAGGUGAAUGACAAGUUGCAGCUCGAGAGCAUUGAUGUCUGGUUCGAUCCGUUGGAGAUGUUUCGCCAGAUUGACAAGAAGGAGGGCGCGGAGUCUGCUGCCGCCAGAUGUCCAUUUGCUGGAGCUGCCAGCAGUCAGUAAUUUCCAUUGCGUGUACAUACCUGAGUUUGUUUCUAGACCUGAUGCAGUGUGACGAGUUCAUGUGUGAAAUGUCUGUUUUUCUUCUGUUUGAAUGUCAUGGUCGUGGCAAUGGAGGGCCGCUUUAGAGUAAAACACACCAGAUGGGGGCCAUAGUGGAUUUACUGGAUGUAUUUCACCCUGAGAAAUGGCUAGAGACCGUAGGAUGUCUCUGUCGGCUCUUUUCGUCUCCAUUUAAGUCUCCUUUUUCCCCUUUCUCUUUUCUCGGCUUUCCUUUCCUUUUUUUUCCCCUCGUGUCUUUUCUUCUUUGAUACAUCCAUUUUCUACCCGCGACAUAUGAUACUGCCAAAUUUGUGGAUUAUAAUUGACAUUGAGACUGGAUC